CUCAGGCUGUGGGUCAUAGUGGCUAUCCUUCCCCAGCCAGUUAAUUUACAUUUCGCGCUGGUCACAUCAGCGACUGAACUCCGUCCCAAAGAGAGAAAAUAAGCGCAUUUGCGGACACACCUCGGCUAAGAAGUAGCCGGAGCUUGAACUAAAUGGUGCGGAAGCCGCUCUUAGGCUCCGUUUUGUGAAACAGGCGAUUGAGAGAAGCAACAGCGGCGAGGCGAGUUUAAGGUCCGUACGGGGACAGGGACGAAGCGGAGCCAGGCGAGGGGCUGUCAGGCCACCGCAGCAUCAUGGCGGAGCCGGACUACAUCGACGAGCACUGCGACGAGCUCAUCAAGCCCAAGAAGCUCGUCAACCCCGUGAAGUCGUCCCGCAACCACCAGGACCUGCACCGCGAGCUGCUGAUGAACCAAAAAUGCGGCCUGUCACCCCAGAACAAGCCGGAGCUGCAGAAGGUGAUGGAGAAGAGGAAGAGGGACCAGGUGCUGAAGCAGCAGAAGGAGGAGCAGGAGGCCCACAAGAAGAGGUCGGACCUGGAGAUCGAGCUUAUGAAGAGGCAGCAGAAGCUGGAGCAGCUUGAACUGGAACAGCAGAAGUGUUUGGAGGAGCAGGAGAACACGCCGGAGUUCGUCAAAAUGAAGGGCAACCUUAGGAGGACGAAGCAAGAGGCGGAGCCACAGGGGCACGCCCCUUAGAGAAGGGGCGGGCGGGGUCCACGGCACAUGUCACCGUGACGACCGCAGUCAUGGGGAAGGGGGGGUGUGUUCCUGGUGGUCCCAGUCCUCUGUCCUUUGAAGCAGCGCAAUGACUGACUGUAGACCCACCCCAGCCAUUCAGAUGCUUACCAGUAUACACCAUUGUGCACUGGUGUUGAGCUGUAUACAUCAGUGCGCACCAGUAUUGACCAGUAUACACCAGUAUGCAUCACCCUCAAGGGAAAGCUUGCCAUUGGUCCAGGGGAGACAGACUUCAGACACAGUCCUUCGCCUUGAUGAAAGUUGCUGAAAUUUUUUUUGUGGAACCACAGAAGGCUACUUACACUUCCCAUGUUACGAAUUACGGAUGGAAACUCGGACACUGGAUGAACUCUUUGAAGCCGCACCGAAAAACUUCUGCAAGCCAAAACUAGCGUUUACUUUGUGCAUUUCUUUUUUUUUCUGUUUCUUACCUCUUUUUUUUUUUUUGCAUAUGCAGCAGCGGUGUUUGGGCUGUUAAGGUUCUCUGCUGUUGUGGCGUUAUGUAAGCUGGUACCCUGCACGGCCUCCGUCUGUAACACACAGAAGAGGAAGCGUUUGGCAGGCUGAUUCGCUCUGCUUGCUCUUUGUUUGGUAUACAUUUCUGCCUCAGCGAUACCUGAUUCAAACAAUACUAGACCU